AUGGUUGAAUUGUAUAAUUUCCAGAGCUUGCUGCUGCUCGCCCAAUUCUUCACAACCAUCCACGAUCUCAGGAUUCACCAAUAUGUGCACUCUGGCCGGUUCUUCCUUGAAGAGCUCUGGCCACUGGGCCCUCCCGGGAUGACCGUGGCGGAACGCCAAAUACGACAAGGGCGAAGCCUUCUUUCCAAGGAGGCCUUUCGGAACGCCGCCGAGCAGUUUGACCGCUGGGUAGCUAGCAGUGACUCUCAUCAGGAGGUAUCGCUCACGGCUCUCAAUGGCACAGUUGUGGGUUUCUUCAACUACGUUGGAGAUGAGGACACGACAGAAUGGCCUGGCUAUUACCUCAAGAUCACAAAUCCUUACCUUGAGUAUUACAAUCUGGACCAGCUCACGUCAGUUAAGAAGCGGUCAUUGACAAGCCCUGAGCGCGCCUAUCUCGCUAUCGAUGUUGUUCACCGCACCAAGAUCCACGAGGUUGAAACCGACAAGGUAGUUGGUCCAUGGGACAUGCCAGACUACUCUGCGAUCCGGGACGAGUUCCAGCAGCGGCGGCAAUACUGGGGGAGAGCGCCGCAUCCGCCAAGCAUGCGUUGCCCCUUGCAGUGCGGGACCUCGCUGAGAAGCGAAGGCGGAACACAAGGGAGCGGGUACAGUGAAGUGCUAUGCGCAGGAUCCCAACACGUGGAUGACGGGAGUGUGGUCAUCCUCGUCUACCCUGGCAUCCCGGUGAUGGAUGUGAUUGCCGACAUCGCGAGGCCGUUUGCCAUGGUCACAAACUUGGACUGGUACCAGGAGUAA